CAGCACUAGGCUGCAAUUCUGUGGGUCCCCUAAGGCAACUGAAGGGACUGGUGUUGGAAAACCUGUGGUUUUUUCUGUUUAAAAAUCUAUUUGUAACAAUCGGUUUUGAGGAGGUUUUUAUAAUACACAGACUUAGCCAGGUCUUCUGUGUUGUGCAGGGAAAAGUACGUUUUACCUUUACGGCUUCCAUUAUUCACAAGCCUUUGAAUGCUAACCCUGCUCAGGAAGAGGUCUGGUAUCUGUAGGGUUACCUGCUCAGCUAGUUACUCGCUUCCUUUUCCAUCCUAGUUCUUACAAUCUGUUCAUUACGUGGUUUUGCGUGGUGGAGUAGACCUGGUUCCUCUGGGUGCUCCUGCAGAAUGCUCCCUUUUAAACAUCCUUUUUCAAACAGAAACAGUAAAUAUUUUUUGAAAUCUAAUUUUCUCGCAGUUGUUAACGAUGGAAUUGCCCCACCAUGUAAAAUUCUUUUUCCACCUGAGAAAAUCUGCAUGGAUUGGCAACAGCCGCUGAAUGUUGGAGCUGGACUGCAGAAUCUGGGCAACACGUGUUACGUUAACGCUACUCUCCAGUGUUUGACGUACACACCUCCUCUGGCCAAUUACAUGCUGUCUCGUGAACACAGCAAGUCAUGUCACGAAAAAGGCUUCUGUGCGAUGUGUACAUUGGAAGCUCACAUUCACCAGGCCCUGUUUCUCUCUAAUAAUGCUAUCAAACCUGUAUCUGUCAUCAGAGAGCAUUUCCAUUACGGCAGUCAAGAGGACGCACACGAAUUCUUGUCCUUCACUGUUGAUGCUCUGCAGAAAGCUUGCUUGAAUGGAAGCACCACAUGGGAUCCAUCUUCUGAAGGCACCACACUUAUUUAUCAAAUAUUUGGAGGAUACCUAAGAUCCCAAGUAAAAUGCUUGAACUGCAAAGCCGUUUCUGAUGCAUAUGAACCGUUCCUCAGUAUUACGUUGGAUAUAAAGACCGUUACGUCUGUCACCAAGGCUCUGGAACAGUUUGUGAAACCUGAACAACUGGGCGGAGGAAACAGCUAUAAGUGUAGCAAGUGCGAAAACAUGGUUCCUGCCUCCAAGAGGUUCACAAUACAUCGCUCCUCCAAAGUUCUCAUCCUAUCGCUGAACAGAUUUGCAGAUUGUACUGGUGGCAAGAUCAACAAGCAUGUAGAAUACCCUGAAUAUUUGGAUCUUCGAGCAUAUAUGUCCCAAUCAACGGGAGAACCACUCGUGUAUUCUUUAUAUGCAGUUCUUGUUCAUUAUGGUUCCAACUGCAGUUCAGGACACUACAUCUGCUUCAUAAAGGCCGGCAACGGAUUUUGGUAUCAAAUGAAUGAUGCCAUAGUGGAGCGUUCUGAUAUCAAAACGGUUCUCAAUCAGCAAGCUUAUUUACUUUUUUAUAUCAGGCGCUACGAUUUGACACUUGGAGAAUGUGGUUUUUACUUACCAGCACCGUCUUAUCCCCUUUCAUUCCUUGGUCAGCGGGGGCCUAAUAGUAAGCAGGCUGGAUUUAUGGGACCACGAUUUCCUCCUCGUAUGAUUAAGGUAAUUUGCAGGGAGCAGAUAAUGGCACCAAAUUGACAAUGUUGUUUUCUUUUGAUGGGGGGGGGGUGGGGGGGAGGGUGUUGUUCUAUAGCAUCUGAAUUUUAUUUUCCCUCCCACACUGCAGCUUUCUUCACAACCAUCAUGCAACAGCCAGAAUUAUUCAAACAGUGGCUAAUCCUAAAUUGUGCAGCCACGCUACUUCAUUAUACUUCCAACUCAAAUUGCUUUCUA